AGUUGCUGCUUCAUGAUCUGUGUUGUAUGUAUUUUAAGCACUGUGUAGUAUAGACAGGCUGGUAGGGAAUGGGGAGUCUGUAUUGUUUGGAACCUGAUCAGGAAUCCAUCGUUCUCUUUGCCUCUCUCUCAUGUUUACUUCCCAUCAAUGUCCUGUUAAUCUUUAGAUCUGCCCGACUCUCUGAAAAUUUAUCUCUGAUUGUCACUGACAGGAGAUGCAAGAGUUCUUAAAACAUCUGCGCUGUCCUUUCUGUUGCUCUAGACUUCCUCUAGGAUGGGCUUCCAUUGAGUGGAAUGUAACCAUCGAGCUCCCAGUUAUUGGAAGGAUAGGUAGUAAUUGUUAAUGGGUGGAACUGUUCCUGCCUCAGGUCAGACAUUAUUUGCAUUUCUUUCCCAUUGAAAGUGAAUUUUGCAAGUCUCUGAUUCCCCUGCAAUGUUUGCUGUUAAUUGUACUGGCUAUAAUCCCCACAAAACGGUAUCCUGUUUACAGGUCCCCGGACCUCCACCCCCAGGGUCUCACAGGAGAUUGUACUCAAGACAGCAGACACUUGCCCAUGCAGAAUGGAGGAAGCCAGUGCUGGCCAACAUAGGGAGUGAGCCCCGCAGUUAAUUCUCCAUUGGUGCAAUCACCUUGCACUUCAGACAGAAGACUCACGGGAUUGCAGUUGGAUCUGACAUGAAGAUCUGAACAGGGACGAGUUAUCCAUACAGAUUUAAGGUGCUUUGCCAGGUUCCAAGGGAGAGAAGAAAUCAGUAGCCCUGCUUAGCUCUUAUACCAGUGUGCCACAGCAAUGUCCUGUAUGUCAUUCCAGCCGUAAAGAUGCCACAGUGCCACUCAAUAUCUGACCUAUGCAGAAGCUGUCCAAUGGGACUUAAAGCCUCAUCAAUAGAAGUUACAUCAUGCUUAGAAGCUGCCGCAGGAAAUGUUGUCCUUCUGGGAUGUAGCCAUUGAUUUCUCUCCAGAAGAGUGGGAAUGCCUGGAGCCUGCUCAGUGGGAUCUGUACAGGAAUGUGAUGCUGGAGAAUUUCAGCCACCUUGUGUUCCUGGGUCUUGCUGUCUCUAAGCCAUUCCUGGUGACAUUUCUGGAGCAAAGACAAGGGCCUUGGGAUAUGAAGAGACAAGGAGCGGCCACUGUGUACCCAGGAAUAACACCCAAUGAUCCUAACAAUUACAGCAAACUGACUAAUUGUAAAUCGCUCCUUAUUACACAAAGAAGAAAUCAUAUAGGGGAGAAACCCUACAAGUGUGGAGAAUUUGGUAAGGCCCUUAGUUCUCAUAAAACACUUUCUAUACAUCAGAGACUUCACACUGGAGACAAACCUUACAAGUGUAAAGAGUGUCAUAAGGCCUUCAGUACUCGCUCAUCACUUUUUAUACACAUGAAAAAUCAUACUGAUGAAAAAAUCUACAAGUGUGAAGACUGUGGCAGAACAUUUUACUAUCUUUCAAUGCUGAAGCAACAUCAGAGAAUUCAUUCUGGAGAGAAACCCUACAAAUGUGAAGAAUGUGGGAAAUGCUUUGGCUUUCCCUCGUUCCUUAAGCAACAUCAAAGACUUCAUUGUAGAAAAAAUGCCUACAUGUAUGAAGAAUGUGUCAAAAGAUUUCCCCCUCCUCUACCGCUUCAGGAACAUGAGCAAAUCCGUACUGAAGAGAAACCCUACAAGUGUGGAGAACGUUAUAAAACCUUUCGUUAUCACUCAGCCCUUAGGAUACACAAGGCAGUUCAUACGGGAGAGAGACCUUAUAAGUGUGAAGAGUGUGGCAAAUGUUUUUCCUCAUCUUCCUGCCUUAAAAAACAUCAAAUACUUCACUCUGAAGACAACCCUUACAAGUGUGAAGAAUGUUAUAAAGCCUUUCGUAAUCACUCAGCCCUUAGGAUUCACAAGACAGUUCAUACUGGAGAGAGACCUUACAAGUGUAAAGACUGUGGCAAAUGCUAUUCCUCAUCUUCCUGCCUUAAAAGACAUCAAAUACUUCACUCUAAAUACAACCCCUACAAGUGUGAAGAGUGUGGCAAAUGUCUUUCCUCAUCUUCCUGCCUUAAAAGACAUCAACCAAUUCACUCUGAAGACAAACCCUACAAGUGUGAAGACUGUGGCAGAUGUUUCUGCUCAUCCUCAUCUCUUAGGCGACAUCAAAAAUUCCAUUCUGAAGGCAAUCCCUAUAAGUGUGAAAAAUGUGACAAAAGGUUUUCAUGCUCUGGAAGUCUUCAGGAGCAUCAAACAACUCAUACUGGAGAGAAACCAUACACUUGUGAAAAUUGUCACAAAGCCUUUUGUUAUCGCUCAUCCCUUAGGAAACAUAAGACAGUUCAUACCAGAGAGAAAUCCACACAAAUGUGACAAGUGUCCUAGGGGCUUUUCCUCAUCCUCAUGCUUUGUACAACAUCAAACAAUUCACUCUGAAGACAAUCCACACAAGUGUGUAGAAUGUGUCAAAGCCUUUGUUAAUGUUAUAGCCUGAUCGACACAUGACAGUUCAUCCUGGAGAGAAAUCCUACAGAGGUCUCCUAUCAUUAUCAAUUGGUUCUGAAAUUAUUGUAUUUUCAUCUUGUAAAUUGAGAAUUUAUUGAUACAUAAAUCUGAUUGGUUAAUUAUGAGCUUCUAGAGACUUGUUCCUACUGGAUAAAUGGAUGUUGUCAUGGCUGACCACAGAGUGGACAGUCAUGCGGUGGGGGUGAGGGGGUGGGGGCUAGCCAAAGAGUUUCCAGUGGCAGGAGAGUUGGAAGCCUGUUAAUCCAGCCCUUGACAGAGAGUUGGCAGGCUGAGAGAAACUGAAGCAUGGAGAGUUGGCAGUUUCUUUUUUAAUUCCCUCAAUGGUCAUUAAAAGUUUAUACUUCUUCAGCCCUCAAAAGACCUCAACUAAUUCAUACUGAAUAAAAUUUUGUGUGGCCUGUGGUAAAAAUCAUUCCUUUGCUUCAAAGCUUAUCCAACUCAAAUCAACCCAUAGGGUAGACUAUUAAGUGAAUUAGUUUGGAAUGUCAACACCACCAUCUUACUCCCAGGAGCACAAAUGUUGAGAAUGUCAUCAGAGAACUGUAGAGACUUCUCUUUACUAUAACCUCCCAACCAGUGUGUUCUAUAGUGUGCUUGAAUAUGGCAUGGGUUGUUGCAUUUCUUUCUUCUGUAGCUACAGGCAAAACUGUUAUUAUUUUGUAACGUGAGAUCUGGCCCAUUGUAUAGUUACUGUCUUUUUCCUCAGUGGGGUCACGCAAGCUCCCCCAAUAAUGUUUCUCUUGAGCAUGUAAAAAGCUCGAUAAACUCAGAUGUCUCACUUUUUGUAAA